AUGCUCAAAUCCCUCCUCCCCCGCCACCCUCCAAAGCCACCACCACCCUUAACCCCCAAAAUCCACCCCCACCGCCCCCUCACAACCACUCCCAAAGAAUCAAAAGGAAGACCCCAAAAAUCCCUCCCGGCAGCCUACUACCGCGGCGGCACCUCCCGCGCCGUGAUCUUCGACCGCGCGCACCUCCCCAAACCUAACAAAAACAAAGAAGCAUGGGCCCCGAUCUUCCGCGCGGUAAUCGGUAGCCCGGACGCGGCGCACAAACGCCAGCUGGACGGCAUGGGCGGGGGGAUCAGCAGUCUCUCGAAGGUGUGUAUCGUCAGCGGGACGCCGACUCAUCCGGCUGCGGAUGUGGAUUAUACGUUUGUCUCGCUGGGGGUCGUGGAUGAUCAUGUGGAUUAUACGAGUAACUGUGGGAAUAUGAGUGCGGCGAUUGGGCCGUUUGCGGUUGAUUCGGGGGUUUUUAAGCCUGCUUUGCUGGGGGUGGGGGAAGAAGGGGAGGUGACGGUGAGGAUUCAUAAUACUAAUACGGGGAAGAUCAUUCAUUCUACGUUUCCUGUGGUCAGAUCUGAGAUGGAUCCGGGGCUGGUUGAGGCGGCGACGAGUGGGGAUUUUGAGAUCGAUGGUGUGACCGGCUCGGCGGCGCGGAUUCAAUUGGAUUUUCUGGAUCCCGCGGGCUCGGUGACUGGGACGUUGCUGCCUACUGGGCGGGAAGUGGAUGUCUUUGAGGUUAAGGUGGAGGGUACUAGGGGUGAAAAGAAGAUGGAGGUGGAGGCCACGUGUAUUGACGUUGGCAAUCCGUGUGUUUUUGUGCGCGCGGCUGAUCUUGGUGUGAGGGGGAACUUGACGCCGGAUGAGCUGACGGCCGAUCUGCCGUUGCUGGAGAAGCUGAAUCGCAUCCGGAGACAGGCCGGUGUGGAGAUGGGGAUUGCGUCGACACCGGAGGCUGUGCCGGGCAGUAUUCCAAAGAUCUGUAUGGUGGCUGCACCGGGAGAAGAUGCGCGCUCGGUCGAGAAAGAGCAGACGCCGCAAAGAGUGGAUCUGGUGGCUAGGGCACUUUCGGUGGGCCAGCCUCAUAAGGCGCUUCCCAUUACGGUUGCGUUGUCGUUGGCUGCGGCGGCGAGGGUGGAAGGGAGCACCGUUGCGCAGAUCGUGAAUGGGAAAGAGAUGAUUGAUGCGGCCGGGAUCACGAUCGGCCAUGCUAGUGGAAACUUGUUAGUUGGGGCUGCAUUCGCCGAGGACGGGGCUCUGAAAUCCGGGCGGGUCUUUUCCACUGCCCGGCGGUUGUUCGAGGGAAGAGUGUUUUGGAAGGACGAGCAAUAG